AUGUCAACGAAUAAAGCGAAAGACAGCAAGCCCGAAGGAGUAGCAUACAGUGAGGCCGCUCUAAGAAACAAUGCUGUGGUCGUUGAAUAUUGCAGAACCUCCAUGGCUGCGUUGUCAGGAUCAAUUGCUGGAAUAUUAGGCCUCACUGGACUGUAUGGGUUCGCCUUCUAUGUGUUCGCGGUCGUUAGCCUGUGGGUCAUGUUCAUGCUGAAAACGGGACCAAACUGGAACAAGUACUAUAUCUCAAGACAGAGUCUGCUCACUAACGGUUUCUUUGGAGGGCUAUUUACAUAUGUACUGUUUUGGACAUUCAUUUAUGGAAUGGUGCAUGUUUAUUAA